AUGCAUACAUAUAAUCCACUUAUUAUUCCGGAUACUAUUGCUGAAAUCGUUCAAAAACUUUCAUUGGAAGAUCUCAACAAAUUCUGUUGGAUAAAUCGCACUUGGUACAAAGAAAUUCAGCACGAACUCCGAAAAAGAUGGGAGAUACAAGUGUUAAAAGGCUAUAAAUUAGGACUUGAAAGAGAUAAAAAAAUAAGUGAAGCACAAGAAAAAUAUUCGGAUGAUGAGGUAAUACAAGGAUAUAUCGAAUUUGGUAUAGCAAAUAAUUAUUGGGGUAAGCAAUUCAAAAGUGCUAAAAAACAGGUAGAGAUUGAAAAGUAUAUGCUUGUUAAUGGAAUGAUAAGUAAAUCAGAAAAGGAGAUCGUUAAAUUUAAUAUACAGCAAAUAAAAAAUAACGCAAUCCCCUGGGAUAGUAUAGAAGAUUGGGAUUUAGCAGAAUUAGAAGAUUGGGAUGAUUUACCUGAAUUGAUCAAACAAGCCUAG